AAUUCCAAUUUCCAAACGAUGUACUCUAUCAACAAACUAAACACAAUAGCAGUAAUUAUUUUGGCCCUUUCCCAAAUUGUACCUAUAGCCUCCCAACCCGGUUUCAACUCGUAUGUCUGUCAAGACACAUUCGGAAACUACACUAGAAAUAGUAUAUUUAAAAAAAACCUUGAUAACCUUAUUUCUACCAUAACAUCCGAUACAAAAAUCGACUAUGGGUUCUACAACUUGUCGUUUGGCAAAAAUUUAGACAUAGUUAACGGGAUCGGCCUAUGUAAUAUAGACAUCUCCGCAGAUGAUUGCCACAAGUGCCUCAGUCAAGCAGCAAGUGCACUUGUCCUAGGAUGUCCAAACCAAAAAGAUGCCAUCGGAUGGUAUGAGACGUGUAUGUUCAGGUACUCUAAUCGUUACAUUUUCAGGAAAUUGGAAUUCGGUCCUUGGUUCCACUUUCAAGAUGAUUCUCGUUUCAGAGACAAAGGGAAGUUCAACCAAACUGCUGCAACUUUGCUAGCUAAGUUACAAAAUAAGGCGGCAUCUGGAGAUUCUAGUCGUAAAUAUGCAGCAGGAAAAGCUAAUAUCACUAGCUCCUAUGCUAUUUACGCAUUCGCCCAAUGCACUCCAGAUUUGGAGUACUCUGAUUGCUAUUACUGCCUUGACCAAGCUAUAUAUUUUGCUCUCACUCAACUCUUUGGGCAGACCAACAGAGUGUUUUAUACCAGCUGCAAAAUUCGGAUGGAGGAUUAUCACUUCUAUAAUGCUACUUAUCUGAAUUCCUUGGAGACUUUGAAGCCCUUGGACCGCCCAUCGCGAUCACCUUCAUCGGUACCCACUUCUCUACCACCUUCCUCCGUCAAAAGGAAAAAAGGAACAAAAAAUAAGAAGUUUAAAUUCUUGAUCAUCGUUGUAGUUUCCCUCGUUGUUACAUGCCUGCUACUACUUGUCGCACUCUUUGGUUGCUACUACUUGUGGAGGAAAAAGGGGCGGAAGAGUGUUAUAGCUGGAGCGGGAGAUGAUAUGAUAAGAAAUCCCGAGUCUCUAAAAAUGGAUUUUAACACAAUUAAAAGCGCUACAGGGAACUUUAACGAUGCUAACAAGCUUGGCCGGGGUGGAUUUGGCGUAGUUUACAAGGGCGUAUUUCCCACUGGUCAAACAUUAGCAAUCAAAAGGCUGACUAAACAUUCCGGGCACGGUGCAGAAGAGUUUAAUAAUGAGGCUGUUCUCGUAGCGAGGCUUCGACAUAAGAAUUUGGUCAGAUUCGUAGGUUAUUGCUAUGAAGGAGAUGAAAGACUUCUAAUUUAUGAGCUUCUACCAAAUAAAAGUUUGGACUGUUUUCUAUUUGAUGUGAUCAAGCGCGCAAAACUAGAUUGGCAAACUCGCUACAAAAUAAUAGAAGGCAUUGCUCGAGGAUUGCUUUAUCUACAUGAAGAAUCUCAAUUGUUGGUUGUCCACCGUGACCUAAAAGCGGGCAAUAUACUUCUAGACUCAGAAAUGAACCCGAAGAUAUCAGAUUUCGGCAUGGCGAGGCUUUUUGGUGUAGACCAAACUCAUGAAGAUACACGCAAAAUAUGCGGCACCUUUGGAUACAUGCCGCCUGAGUAUGUGCAACAUGGACACUUCUCCAUUAAGUCAGAUGUUUACGGUUUUGGAGUGUUACUCUUGGAAAUCAUAAGUGGCUUAAGGGUGACCAGCUAUUACAAUGAAGGGACCGGAGAAGGUCUUCUCAGUUUCGCAUGGAGAAAUUGGCUAGAAGGAACCCCCUUAAGAAUUGUAGAUUCAACAAUGUCGUCAACUGUAACUACUACUCAAGUGCUGAGAUGCAUUAAUAUUGGGUUGUUGUGCGUACAAGAAAAUACAAAUCAUAGACCUAUCAUGUCCUUAGUUGUUCUUCUGUUAAACAAUCACGACAUUGCUCCUCCGGUGCCUUCACGGCCUGCGUUUCUUCUGCAUCACGACAGUACUGAAUCAGAUCACUCACUCAAUGUACCAACACUAAACGAGGUCACUCUAUCUGAGCUUGAUCCUCGGUAAUGCAUUCACCUUGUUCUGAAAAAAACCAACAAUAUAUCGUACUACAUCCGUUUCAAAAUGAUCUUUACACUCUUCGUUACUAUACAAAUAGUAACUGUGUAAUAGUAUAAUACUACGUGGUACCAAGCUAGUAUAUCAUGUACUUCUUUGUUUCUCGAUAGAACCAUUGGCUAAUAUACAAAUUUGAUCCUGAAUACCUUUAAUUAUGUAAAAAUAUCA